GUGAUUUUAUUGCGCAUGCGCAAAGAGUUAGGGCGGUUCUGCCAGUAGAGCUCCAGACUGGCUGUGUGAAAAUCUUUGAGAAUCCGGAUGGGCAAUAAAACAUAAAACUCUCUACUAACGCUUUUGUUCAGAGAGCUGCAGCAGAUAGGCUUGGGAGUUACGGGACCAGCCUUCACUUUUCCACCCCAUGAGCCCGAUUUUUGCUUUUCCUUCACACUUCGCUCCCUAGAAAAGUGACACGGCCAUCCGGAUCUUCAUUAGCUUAACUUUGCACCAUCUCCUGUGUUGUCAUCUGUUGUCACCUAAUUUUUUUUUGGAAAACACGAAUCUGCAGCAGUCAUGGAGCCUAUUUACGCUACGGGAAUGGCGGCCAAGCUGCGCAGUCAGUGGGAUCGAGAUGAAGGUUUGGGACAGAACCAUAACGCUGUCAAGUUAUACGGGCAGGACUACGAGAUGCUGAGGGUGCAGUGCCUCCAGAGCAGAACCUUGUUUGAGGAUUCCAACUUUCCUGCCUGCACAACUUCACUGGGUUUUAAAGAGCUUGGGCCCCGCUCCUCCAAAACACAAGGUGUACGCUGGAUGAGGCCACCGGAGUUCUGCUCUCGCCCCCAGUUCAUAAUGGAUGGAGCCACUCGUACAGAUAUCUGUCAGGGAGCACUGGGUGAUUGUUGGCUCCUGGCUGCUAUUGCCUCUCUUACCCUUAAUGAUAACCUGCUGCACCGUGUGGUUCCACAUGGACAGAGCUUCAGCGAGGGCUAUGCUGGGAUCUUUCACUUCCAGUUCUGGCAGUUUGGUGAGUGGGUUGAUGUGGUGAUUGACGACAGGCUGCCGGUUAAAGAUGGGAAGCUGCUGUUUGUGCACUCUGCGGAGGGGUGCGAGUUCUGGAGUGCUCUGGUGGAAAAAGCCUACGCCAAGCUGAAUGGCUGCUACGAGGCUCUGUCAGGUGGCAGUACAUCCGAAGGCUUUGAGGACUUCACAGGCGGUGUGACGGAGAUGUAUGAGCUGCGCAAACCUCCUGCUGAUCUUUACCACAUCAUAAGGAGGGCUGUGGAGAGAGGAUCACUGCUCGGCUGCUCCAUAGAUAUCAGCAAUUCUAGUGACAUGGAGGCCGUCACCUUUAAGAAACUGGUUAAAGGCCACGCCUACUCUGUAACAGGAGUGGAGGAGGUGUCUUACAGAGGAACCCCCACCAAGUUGGUGCGCAUCAGAAAUCCCUGGGGAGAAAUGGAGUGGACUGGAGCUUGGAGCGAUAAUGCUAGAGAGUGGGACAGUGUGGAUGCAUCCAGCAGGAGCAAACUGCAUAACCGCAGUGAAGAUGGAGAGUUCUGGAUGUCUUUCACGGACUUCCUUCGGGAGUUUAGCAGGUUGGAGAUCUGUAACCUGACAGCUGAUGCUUUAGAAACCAGUCAGGUGAAGAAGUGGAGCACAUCAUUGUACCAGGGUGAAUGGAGGAGAGGCAGCACAGCUGGAGGAUGCAGAAACUAUGCAGCUACAUUCUGGCUCAACCCUCAGUUUAAGAUCAAACUGGUGCACCCAGAUAUGUCAGGACAAAACGAUUGCACUUUCCUAGUGGCUCUCAUGCAGAAAGACCGCAGAAAACAGCGCAAAGAGGGCAAAGACAUGGAGACCAUCGGCUUUGCGAUUUACGAGGUCCCCAGUCAGUUUGUAGGCCAGACAGGAGUUCACUUGAAGAAAGACUAUUUCCUUACACAUGGUUCCACCGCACGCUCUGAGCUCUUCAUCAACCUGCGUGAGGUCAGCUCACGCUUCCGCCUUCCUCCUGGAGAAUACAUCAUCGUCCCGUCCACGUUUGAGCCACAGAAAGAAGCUGACUUCGUGUUGCGUGUUUUCUCUGAAAAACCUGCUGACUCUGUGGAAAUGGAUGACGAAAUCAAAGCUGAUCUUCCUGAAGUGAAAUGUUUGGAUGAGAGCCAAAUCGAUGCUGGAUUCAAGAGUCUCUUCAGACAGCUGGCAGGAGCGGACAUGGAGAUCAGUGUUACAGAGCUCCAGACCAUUAUGAACAGAAUCAUCAGCAAGCAUAAAGAUCUGAAGACAGACGGCUUCAGCCAGGAAGCGUGUCGCAGUAUGAUCAACCUUAUGGAUACAGAUGGCAGCGGUAAGCUGGGCCUCACAGAGUUCCAUGUGCUGUGGGAGAAAAUCAAAAACUAUCUGGAAGUGUUCAGGAAGUUUGAUGUGGACAAGUCAGGCACAAUGAGCUCAUAUGAGAUGCGAAUGGCUCUUGAAUCAGCAGGCUUCAAGCUGAACAAUCAUAUAUUCCAGCUGAUUAUUCUGCGCUACACAGAGCAGGACCUAACGGUCGACUUCGACAACUUUGUCACCUGUCUAGUGCGCCUGGAGACAAUGUUCAAGACUUUUUACACCUUAGACACUGACUCGGAUGGAAUCGUGUCCCUAAACUUCAACCAGUGGCUAUCCUUGACCAUGUUUGCUUAAACAGACAGACAUCUGGAUGCCUGUCCGCUUGCACUGAGACCCACAUCUCCCUCCAACUGGUCCAGAAGUGCCUUCUUCAUAUUUUUUAUUAUUAUUGCUCAAGGUGAUGGUAUGCAAUCAGUAUUUUAGUCUAGACUCUCUCUUUGUUUUUUUAAAGGUUUACUUGUUUAAGGAGUGGUUAAAGGGUUCCUUUGUCAUAUAGGGUUGUUGCGUGUCAUUUACUUAUAAGCCAAAACAUUAAGAAGAACACAAUACAUAAGCCACAAUCUGAGAAGAACACAAUACAUAAGCCACAAUCUGAGAAGAACACAAUACAUGUAAAGUCAACAGUCUUUGCCUUAAAAAAAAGUGCCAGACAGUGUAGUGUUUACAGCCUUUCUGACCAGCCACAUGAAAACAAGCAUACUUUUUCUGCUAACUGAUAAUAUCCUGAAACUUACCCUGUUGCCAGAUAUUCCUGAUCUAUCAAUAAAUUCCAGUUCAGAUUGUUCCAUUGUGUGUCUGAGGAAUCGGAAAGGACUUCACGAUAAUGUUUCCGUAACUGACAUUAUUUAACAUGUAGAAAAACCAAGAGCGUCAGCAUUAAUCCAUCAUAAAUAUACACCAUAACAAAGAAAAUAACACUCAAUAUAUGCUUUAAUAUAACAAACCAAACAAGCUAUAUGAUCGACACUUGUAUUAACUAAUAUUUAUACCAUCAAUAAGUAAAAUUAUUUCCAAUGUGACCAACAAAACAACAUGUUAACAUUUGCAGAAUUAAGGAGCAUGAUGUUUGAAUUUAUUUAACUGUGAUUUGAAUAGAUAUUACUCAUUGCAGGUGUGUUCAGUCACUUUGGUAACAUUACUUAUGAUUUAUUAUUCAAGUUCCCUGAUGAGCAGAGAAUUUACUGUCAGUGGUGGUCCAAAGCCUGGGUAAAACAAGAGGGCUGUGUCAGAAAGGUACUCGGGUGUAAAGCCUGUGCCAAAAUAAAAUAUGCAGAUUUUCAGCCUCAGUUCUGAAAACAGUUUUUGUCAGUGUGGAAUUAAUUUUACUGGAAUUAUUUUAAUGGUAUAAAUAUUGGAUGAUUCAAGUGUCGAUAAUAAUAGCUUACUUGCUAUGGUGAGCCCAAGCAGGGUGCAGCAUAAGGACAAACAGUUAUGGUUCAUUAUUUCUGACAUUAAUGGUGUUUUCAUGGUAAUGCAGUAGGAAAAGUUACUUAAGGGAGCGUUCACAUAAAGUGAUAACAAUUUUCUGUCUUUUAUUGUGCGUGUGUGUGUGGUUAUUAAAACUGAUUUCUAUAAAUAAAAAAGCUUUGAUGUUUGUGUAGCUGUAGGUCAUAUAAUGCAAAACCUGCAUGAACUGUGAUUAUUUUGUGACUAUCUGGGAAUUUGGGUGCCAUUUGGUUUUUAAUGUUUUUGUCUGGUUUUGUUUUGCUAUUGUAAAUAAAGGUUAUGACACAUCAAUCCCAUAUCUGAAAACUUCUGAAUAAAUCUGCACUUAGGAUGCAGGAGGUUGAAACUGCCUGUUACUACAGUAGCUAUUGAGUGAUUUCUGCCGGGAACAAGAAGCAAAGUACUUUUAUUAAGAGAAGCAGUUCAAGUUGUUAUCAGUCUGAAUGAAUGUUCAUGCAAAAGCCAUGGAGGGGUAAAAUUUAACGACUUAACAUUUAAAUGCUGAUGCAGAGAUACAUAGGAAGAAAAAAAUUCUUUGCUGAAUGCACAACCCUAUAAAAUCCAUGAAGAAAUGCUCUUCAUGCUGAUGCCUGUAUUAUGUUCUCUGUGCUCUGGUCAAAAGGCACUUACUGAGUUUCAUGUAUUCAAAAAUGUAUCUGUUCAAUAAAUAUAUUUUUAAAAUACAA